AUGUUCAAACUUGAAUCAUAUAUAACACCAUGGCUCCUAUCGUAUAUUGAUCAAUACGUAAAACUACGUCGAGAAGAUUUUCAAUUAUCUCUAUGGGGUGGUGAUGUUGUUUUUUACAAUCUUGAAUUACGUCUAGCAAAUAUUCAAAAACUAGUUCCAACCCUUCCAAUUGUCUUUCAAAGUGGAAUUAUUCAUGAGUUACGCAUUCAUAUUCCGUGGAUUCGAAUAAAUUCCGAACCCAUCGUUGUUACUAUCAAUCAAAUUGAACUUGUCAUUGUUUUAAAUAAAGAAUGCACAUCAACUAAUGAUUUUCCAUCGUCCACUUCGAAUGAAAUCAAUUCAGAUCAAGUACUUAUCCAACAGCAGCAACCAGCAACGCCGGAGCAAUCUAAUUACGUCCAAACGGUUCUUGCGCGUAUUCUCAACAAUGUUCAGAUUGUUGUUAAUAAUCUAGUGGUGAAAUUUAUCGAGCAUGAUAUCGUCAUAUCAUUGUCAUCACGAACAGCGCAAUGCUAUGCUGCUAAUCAAAAUUGGGCGAAGGCAUUCAUUGAAUUAACACAACAAGAUUUAUCAUUACGACGUUUGAUUUCUUUACCAGAUAUAACAUUAUGUUUAGAUAAACGUGAUUUGAAUGGUAAAGUUCAUCGAUAUGAAGUUCCUCUAUUAUCACGCUGUUCAUGUGAGUGCCGUAUCCAAAUGUCGUAUGCGAAUGUUUAUCAACAAUUGAAUACGAAACCAAUUCAAACACGGUUAAGUUUUUACUGCGCAAAUAUUGAAAUUUCGAUUGUUGAUAAUCAACUAUCGAUGUUAAUGCGUUUGAUAGAAAAUAUCAUGCUACUGAUUGAUCAACAAAUUAAUUCGAACGGCGAUAAACCAUUGAAAGAAUUCAAGAGAGUACCAUCGAAAGAACUCUCACCACCGCCGUCACCUGUGGCACUUCCACCUCCGUUACCCUCCUUACCUCCGUUAAUACCAGUUGAAGAGAAAACAGUAGAAUUAAAUCCUGCACAACCCGGUUGGAUUUCAUGGGCAUGGUCUUAUGUACCAUCAGUAACAACACUUUUCACAGAGGAGGAAGAUCCAUCCGUCGAUGGAAAUAAUUCAGAGGUUUUGCCUAAUGAACAACAACUAAAUAUAGAAGAAAAUAAACUAGCUCGCGUGGAAGAACAGAAUCCACUAUUGAUGAAUAAUAAUAAUAAUAACAACAAUACACCAACACCGAUCCUCUUCGCUGGAAUUGAUAUCGAUCGAAUUAGUUUACAAUACAAAAUGACAAAAUCCCUUGCCAAUAAGUCUUCUCAUGUACCAUUCCUUACCUUCAUUGUCGAAAAAGCCAAUAUUAUUGUCGAACGGUAUAAACCUACAAGUACAACUGCACUCGAUGGUCAAUCGGUAGUAUCGAGUGUUCGCAAAGUCAAAGUAUCAACAUCGAAAAUGUCUCUGAGUUGGGAUGAAUGCUUACGUUUAUCGCUAUCGGACGUUCAUUUUACAUUACACUAUGAUCGUCAUGUACGUAUGACGCGAUUUUCUUUGAUUGUCAAUGAUUUACAUGCACGUUUGAAUCACCAUUUACUUAUCUAUCCAUGUCAAGCAACGUUAAAACUCGACCAUCAUCAAACAUAUUCAUUGCUUCAUUUAGAAUUUUCCUCGUUGACUGGUAAACUCGAUUUCAAUAUUUUAGCAUAUUUAAUCACAGUUAUCAAUCAAAUCCGAACAAUCGUCGACGUGUCCAUAGCUUUAUUUCGACCUUUACAGAUCAACGAACAUGUCGAAGAUGACAUUAUAUCUGUUGAUGAUUUAAGAAAUGGUUCAAUGAAAUGUCUAUUUCAAUCCUCCAAUGAUUUGCCUAAUACAAAUGAAAUAUCAUUUACAACAACUAAUCAUCAUGCAUUAGCAUCAUGCAUGACAUGGAAAUAUCCCGAACGAAGAUCGAUUCUUAAAUGUCAUAUACUUCCAUUACCAUUUCACGAUGAUCUAACCGGAGUUGUCAUCCCACACCGAAUUAAAACAGUUGAAUGUCUAAUGCAAUAUUGGCAUUUUGGUACUAAACAAUUUGUUACAUGGCAAACAUUUGAAUUGACCGAUGGUCAACCUCUAUUUCUGGAUUUUAGUAAUGAUCUCGGACAAAAUCCUUAUUCGGAAAUGUGGCGUGUUGUUUUGGUGAAUGCUUCGUCGAUUAUAAACCAAGCUGAUUCCUUGGCUGCUUCAACACGCAUUGAUUCCCUACAGAGUCAACGGUAUGAACCAUCUCUUGAAAUGACUAUUAAAAUUGCUACAAUUCAUGUCAAUUUCAUGAUUGAUCCUCCGAAAAUAAAAUCUUCAUCCAAAUUUCAAUCGAUUCUUGGUCAAUGUCAACACGAUAUUUUAACAUUACAUUUAGACAAUAUUUCCUUUGACUAUAGUCAACGUCUCGAAACGAAAACAAUUAGUAUUGAAACGAUUCUUUCACUCGAAGCAUUAGAGUAUCGCUUUUUAACAAAACGUUCUUGUAUCGAACCAGCUCUGAUCAAUUUAAAUCUAUUCAUUGACGUAUCGAAGUCAAGUGUAUCAACAACAUUUCCCCAAGUAUUCGAUUUGAAUAACGGAAAGUAUAAUGAAUUGUUUCGUUCAGCUAAAACCUCAUUUGUUUGCCAAUUGCAUUUUGACAUCGAUCAUAUCAAUAUCCGAUUAAGUCAAUCGUUGUGUCAUUUGAUCAAUAUUCUUUAUCAGCAAUGGAUUCGAUCAGAUAUGAUCAAAGUUUUAGAUUUAAAUCAACAAACACAAGAAGCUUUAGCGUUGACAAAAACCGAUGAAUCAUUCUAUUACACGUACUAUCUGUUUACUAAUCAUUUGAAUUGUUCAAUUGGUUUGAAACAAUAUGAUACCAAUGAUAAAUUUCUCGUUCUUCCAUCUUCGCAAACAACAGAUUUCAUUUGGUCUAAAAUUCAUACGAACGAAAUGUUAAUUCAAUUCUCGCUCGAACACUUCUCAUCCGAUCCAUAUCGUUCAUCACCAAUCAAUAUUCAUCAUUCCGAUAACAAUCUGAAAUCUAUUGUUCAAUUCGAAAAUAGUCCACAUCUAUUCUAUUUACAAGUUCAAUACGAUCAACAUCAAAUUCGUCGUCAUCUACAUAUCUUUGGCAAACUAAUCUUCAAGAAUCUUUGUAACAUUGACAUAAACUUAAAACUCUACUUGAGUGUCGGUUCACGACAAGUCGAUAUUUCGAUUCUAGCCUACGAAACCUAUGCAAGUUGCUUACAAACUAGAGAAGAUAUCGAAUACAUCCAAUGGAAUUCUUCACAUAAAUAUAUCAUUGAUCAAUUGAAUCAAGAUGGAAUCAUUUCAACUAGUGAUCAAUCUUCCAUAUGGAUACAUCUAUUUGAUCAGGAUAAUUUUACUUGUAUCGUGUUUACACCGAUUGUUAUCUAUCGAUCGUUUUUAACACAAUCAGUUUUGUUACAUUUGAAUCAAGAGAAGCAAUUCGUACUAGAAUCAAAUGGCUUGUAUACAUAUUAUUACGAUGUCAUUCUGGACAAUAUCAAUCAAGUGUACGAACAUCGAUUGCAACAGAUCGACGCGGAACAAUUGACUGAAUGUAUAUUUCAGUUAAAUAAUCAAUCUUAUUUGUCAUUGGAUAGAAUCGAACAGACUCAUUCCGAUGAUGUUUCAUUACUUGAUUAUUUAUUAGAACUUCAAGCAUUGAGCUCGAAAUCGUAUUCAAUUCUUGAUCUUCUUCGACAAGAACAUUUGAAAGUUAAACCAGCAGAAGAUGGAAUUCCCGUGCCAUUGAUUGAACAAACGAAUGACAUUCUGAAUCCAACUAUCAGCGCUAAUGGACCCGUUGUAAUCGAACCUCAAGUAAACUAUCAUCCAAAGAAGACUCCACCUUUAAUCAAUCCAACCUUAAUGACUACGAAUUCCAUCGAUUGUCGUCUCGAAUCCCUUCGUCUUUAUUCCCAUUUAAACACCAUUUUAAUUCAAUUUAAACCUUCAACAUUGAUAAACAAUCUCACCCCAUUUAAUUUCCAUUUAUAUGCAAAUGCUGGCCAUAAUCAUGUAUAUAUUCAUUCGUCGGAAUUGACAUGUCUUUCAAAAUUCGAAUAUAGUCAAAUUCAAUUCGUUCUCAUCGAUCCGCAUGAUGGCGAACAUAUUCAAUGUCAGACAAUUGAUCUUUUCGUACGAAAUAUUCCGAUGAUUAAUCCAUCGACUUUGAUCAAUAAUCGUUUGUACACAAAUGGUUCGAUCGAUUUAUAUUUUAUUAAAUCUUCGAAUAACGAUUAUUUUAUUUGCCAUGUUCGACAUGAAUAUCUCGAUCAAACACAUAUUUUAACCAUCGAAUCGAAAUAUCAAGUUUGCAAUCGAACAAAUCAUCUGUUAUCUUGUUUGAUUUUGCCGAUUUCCAAGCAACAACUUGCAAUUGAUUAUCCGUACAAUUCAUUUCAAAUUAAAGCGAACGAAAACCUUCCGUUGUAUCGUUUCCAAGGUGUACCAUCGACAGAUAUUCAUUAUUAUGUUUUAUUUCAAUCGGACAACAAUGAUAAACAAUAUUUAUCAAAACCCAUCCGAAUAUUUCCGUUAGUUGAUGACAAUGGCAAUCGACAAUGUUGUUGUCUGUUUCACAAAGAUGAUCAAAUCAAACCGAAAUCAGCAGCAUUUCAAAGUUUGCGUGGUGAAUUAUUUUCCAUCCAUCAGUCAAUACGAACGCCAACCAGUCAAAUUGAACUAACCGUUCAUUCCAACCCAACUUGGGCAUUUCUUCAAGUGGUCAACUCUUGCGCAUGUCCAUUAUUAUGUCGACUAGAAAAUCUUUCUUCAAUGUCACAUAUCAUUCCGCCCUUUUCAUCUACUUUUAUCGGAAUCGAUUCAUCGGAAUCGACAACAGCGAAUUCGAAUGUGAAUACACUACAAAAUUUAGUGAAUGGUUCACGAUUUUAUCUCGCACAGUUUCUACCCAACGAACAGCCAAAUCAUAUUAUUCAAUUAAUGACAAAUUAUUUUCAACAAACAACUACAAAGAGUGUACCAUGGAGUCGACCGAUCAAGAUAGAUUCACAAUUCGAAGAUGUUUUCCUUCCAAUACCUGGUUUACAUGAUGUUCUAAUUCGUUCGCUACCAGUUUCGUUAUUCGCAAGUCGAACGUUGAUAAUCGAACCUGUCCAUCGUCAACGUUCAUCUAAAACGGCUCCAACACCGAAACCAACGAAAACCAAUUCAAUGGGCAAUGCUAGUUACCUCUCUCUACCAGGAACUACUGUCAUAUCGGAAACCAUUCCACGUCACUAUCGUUCAUCAAUGUCAGAACGAACAUUGGCGAUAAAUACUUCAAAUGCUACUAAUCAAUAUCUAAAAGCUUGGCAUCAACAAUACAAUCAAGCGAAUCAUCGACAAAUUCAAUUGAAUUUUGCUAUCAACAAAAUCUCGGUAUCAUUAAUGGAUGAGUUAAGUGACAUCUGUUUAUUUCGCGAGAUUCUUCGUUUAACAAUCGACAAAACGAAUCUGUUAUUUUAUCAACGUUUUAUUGAUACUGUGCCCUAUUUACAUCAACAGCAACUCUUCUGUGCGAUCCAUCAAUUACAAAUCGAUAAUCAGUGUUAUAGUCCAAAGGAUAACUAUGAUUUUCCCGUUGUGUUGAUGUCAAAGGACGAGAAACGCGUGUCGAAAACCAAAGCGAAUGUUUACGAACCCAAAGAACGCGCCGAAUCCCAUUCGUCAGUGAUUAAUCAUCAUCGACAAAAUUCGUCAUCGUCGAUUGAUACAACAGUCACAGAAGAUCCAUUUCCAGCAUUUGAUUCUUUAUCUCACAAUCAUAAAAUUUCACGACCAAUUGUUGUCGAUCAUAAUGAACCAAAGUUUCUUGCAGUACAUUUCCAUCGUAUCAACAACCGUUUUAUUAAAAUCGACUUUCAAAUUCAGCCAUUUGAUGUCUACAUCGAAGAUCAUUAUGUCUAUGCAUUACUAAAGAUCUUCAGUCAUCUUUUACCGCUCGAUUUAGCUACUCCCUUAUAUAUCAAAGAAAAUGAUCCAAGAGUUGAACUAAUCGAAAACAAACUCCUCCGAACACCAUUUGUUUGCGAAUCUUUAUACAUAGGACCAAUUGACAUUGUUAUCAGUGUACAUGCAUCGAUGAAAGUUUAUAUCGGUUGCCAUCAAUUACCUAUGUUUACAGAUAAAUUUCAAAAACAUACGAUUUAUUCGACAAACAAACAAUUAUUAACAUUGAUAACUAGACAUUAUCUUAUGUCUCUAUUAACACGAUCACCGCUUCUACUUGGUUCAUUCGAUUUACUAGGUAAUCCAUCUGUAUUCAUCCGUAAUAUAACCGAUGGUAUCUAUGAUCUCUUUCACUUACCUUACGUUGGAAUGAGACAAGGCCCAAGUGGAUUCAUGUUUGGUAUAUCUCAAGGUGCUACAAGUCUAUUGAAACAUUUUUCACUUGGUACAUUAACAUCGGUAACAACAUUCGCGAAUAGUGUGGCACGAAAUAUGGAUCGAUUAGCGAUGGAUUCCGAGCAUACAACGCGCAAUGAAGAAACUUGUCGACAAAUUCCAACGGGAAUGACCAGUGGCCUUCUACAAGGUCUUGAAUUAUUUAGUUUGAGUUUAUUAGGUGCUAUUGCCGGUCUAGCCGAACAACCCUUAGCGUCGUUUCGUAAUCGAGAUGAUUCUCAAGCUGCUACAACAACUGUCCUAUCCGGUGUUGGUAAAGGUCUUGUGGGAAUUGUUGCUAAACCAGUUGGUGGUGUUGCUCAACUAAUAUCACAAACAGGUCAAGGUAUUCUCUAUGGAACUGGUUUAAUGAAUAUUCCACAUCGACGACAUAGACAACUAGAGCAAGAUGCUCGUAUAAACACAACAAUUAGCUAUCUUAAACUUUCUCAUUCGUGUCAAAUAGCGCAAAAUCAAGAUGAUAUACUUGAUAUCUUAGAUUAUGUUCUCGAACAUCACAAUAUUGAACAUGGAAUCUUGAUAUUAACCAAGAAUCGACAUUUAAUUGUGUAUCAUAAAGACGAUGAACAUCAACAUGGAGAUUACCUACUGAAUGAUAUUGAAUUAAAUGAAUCGCCUGAUUCGUCGGGAUUGUUAGAAUUUAAUGAUCUUUCAUUCUAUGUUGAUUCACGUCUUCGUCAUCAAUUUCUUGCUCUAUACCGUCUUAUUCGUCAAUAA